GAACUGGGCAAAUUCCCCCUUGAGCUCCUUAGUCUUAUCGUGCAAUACACAGACCUCCUGUCUAUCUCCUCUUUGCGUCUGGUCAACCGGCGAACACGCCUCAUCGUCGACGAGUCUGUCCCGUACAAGUUCCUCGUGCGCCACAUCCCAAACACGCUUGCCUCGCUCAACUCUGCAGACGCCUCCCAGCACUUCACCGUCGCCCAGCUCUACAGCACGCUCUGCGCGCGCACCUGUGCGUUUUGCAAUGACUUCGGCACCUACCUCUGGGUCCCCGAGUGCGUCCGCUGCUGCUUCAACUGCCUUAACGAGAGCCCGCACCUCAUGCCACUCAUCGAGAGCGACGCGAAGAUGCUCUUCGGCGUGACCAAGAAGGCGCUGUCGGGCGUCCCUAGCAUGCUCUCGCUGCCGGGUACGUACGGCAUGGUCGAUCUGUACAACGGGCGGCGCUUCCGCCUCUACAGCCAGCGCCGCGUCGUGCAGGCG